ACCGGGUUCGCUUUGCCUCUUUUCAACCGUUAUCUCGGCUGUUCCUUUGAGGUACAAUUUCAAGCAUUCUAUUUCGGUCCCCGAGACUACUUGAUGAUCUCGUUAACACUGUCACUACCGACACAACAAACGAAGCGGCAGACGCUUACCACUUAACUCCAGCCGCUAACCCACCUCAAGCGAUCUAAAAUGACCAUCCACAAAACCUCUACAAGCACUAUCUCCACAACUUCCUCUUCCUCUUCCACGGCUUGUUCACCGCCACGCCGAUACUCCACUCUAGAACCUAUAGCCCGUACCUCAGGCUACCCUCGGGCCCGCCCUCGUCAGCGAACCACUCCUCGACCACGAGCCUACGCAACUCCCACACGAUGCAGUCCCCAAAUACAGGCCGCGAAGCCAAAAAAAUCUCUACCCAAGAAGAUCCUCAGUGGCACCGGCCAAGUCCUUGGUUUCUGCACGUGGGUACUAUGCUUCUCGUGCGUUCUCUCCGGAGGCCAGGAAUUCGAUGAGAAGCACCCUCAUCAGCGACUGUGAUCGACAGCGGGGGCCGUGAAAGCGCGGCCAGGAGACAAGGUGGUGGACAAGGCCGAUUAUGAUGUACCAGUAGAUGUUGCGGCUGGAAGCUCUGGGCGUUUGCUUGCCCGCAUUCUCCUCUUAUUUCUUAUUUUGGCCUUUCGGCGUUUGGUUGCUUUUUCGGGGCAUUGGAAUGGAAACCCAUUUGCUGGUGGGAUUUUCCGUUUCGUUCCCUAUUUUCUCUUUCGGUUAGUCCUGAUCGGACCGGAUGGCAACGGAGGCUGGUCUGGAGGGGGGGGGCGAUUCCGGAUUCCUCCCCCAAGGAUGGCGAUUUCCUGUACUUUUAGCACUAGCGUCGAUAAAUAAGUCACUGAACACAUUUG